AUGGCCGCUAAAUCGGAUGGUGCAGCCGUCUCCUUACAAAACGAAAUCAAGCCUGUGUGCCAACCAGGACCCGAGCACCGUUCGCCACAGUAUCAUCUCGCCGGGAAGCGGUACUCGGUUCUGGACUGCUGCUGGACACUCUGUGCCCUUUUGGUCUUUUUCUCGGACGGUGCCUCCGACCUGUGGCUGGCGGCUGACUAUUUCCUAAGGCGGAACUACUGGUGCUUCGCCCCGACGCUAGUUUUUGUGGUGGUCCCAUCCUUGGUAGUUCAAGUGCUCAGCUUCCGAUGGUUCGCCUACGAUUUCUCUGACACGAAUGGAAGCGAUACGGCUGCAGCCGCGGUGGUGGCGGCAUCUGGUGCGGAGAGCCAUUUCAGCACCAAGGGCAGCGAUCAGCAGGGCGCUGGCCGCUCCGCUGCGGCGGAGGCUCUGCCUGCCACAGGCACUCGAACCAGGGCACAGAGCUGCUGCAGAGCCUGCGUGUGGCUAUUCCAGAGCCUGGUUCAUAUCUUACAGUUGGCUCAGGUUUGGAGGUACGUCCACGCACUGUACCUGGGCGUGCAAAGCCGCUGGCGCGGGGACCAUGAGCGGCGCCACUACUACUGGCGCCUGAUGUUCGAGAGCGCCGACAUCAGUAUGCUGCGGCUGCUGGAGAUCUUCCUCAAGAGCGCCCCCCAGCUGGUACUGCAGCUCUGCAUCAUGGUCCAAGCCAACCAGGUCCUGCCCCUGCAGGGCCUCUCUGCCUCUGCGUCCCUGAUCUCUCUGUCCUGGAUGAUGGCCUCCUACCAGAAGGCCCUGCGCGACUCCCGCGACGACAAGCUGCCCAUGAGCUACAAGGCGGCGGUGGUGCAGAUGCUCUGGCACCUCUUCACGGUGGGCGCGCGCACCAUGGCCUUCGCCCUCUUCGCCUCCAUCUUCCAGCUCUACUUCGGCAUCUUCAUCGUGGCCCACUGGUGCGCCAUGACCUUCUGGAUCAUCCAGGGCGAGACCGACUUCUGCAUGUCCAAGUGGGAGGAGAUCAUCUACAACAUGAUGGUGGGCAUCAUCUACGUGUUCUGCUGGUUCAGCGUGCGCGAGGGUCCCACGCGCUGCCGCCUGGUGCUCUACAGCCUCAUCGUGCUGGCCGAGAACGUGGCGCUGACCGCCGCCUGGUUCCUGUACCGCGGGCCGCGCACCUCGGACUUCUACGCCGUGGUGGUGGUGUGCGUGGUGGCCUGCAGCUACGCGCUGGGCAGCUUCUUCAUGUUCGUCUACUACUGCCUGCUGCACCCGGACGGGGCCGUGACGGGCGGCGUGCUGGGCUGCUGCAUGGUGGAGGACGCGUCGGUGGCGCCGCUGGAGCCCAGCGUGGUGGCGUCGCCCGCCUCCGGGCCGCCGCCGGACCUGGUGAGCAGCCCGCCCAGGACCCUGCAGAGGACUAAAGGUGGGGACCAGGGCCAGGGCGGAGGGGAGGGCCAGGGCGGUGGCGGCGGCGGGGGGGACGUGUUCCAGGUGCGGCCGGCACCGGGCGCCACCCGCACCCCGGCCCCGCGCCUCACGCCCAGGACAGAGGGGCCGGUGAUCCGCAUCGACCUGCCCAGGAAACGCUACCCGGCCUGGGACGCCCACUUCAUCGACCGCCGGCUGCGCAAGACCAUCCUGGUGCUGGAGAGUGCCGCGCCAGUCACACCCCGGAUCCAGUACCGCUGCCUGGGCAUGCCCAAGGAACUGAUGGAGUACGAGACCACAGUGUGACUCAUAGACGGGCUUCUCUACUGCCCUCCGAGCCUCCCGCCGGCCCUUGCUGUGGCUUGUAGCCACCGUAUCAAACCAGGGCUUUGGGCCUCCGACCCUGUAGGAGACAGGAGGAAAAGUAAAAGGGGGUGUUAUAUACAGUAGAUCGAGGCUAGCCACUUGGCUAAUGCUAAAACACACACAGGGUGGUGCUGACACUUACUGACAGUAGCGUCAAAGAGUGUCCUGAUGUCGUGUUGUGUUUUGAUGCACCACUGUAUA